GCCUGGGAAAGAUUUUCAGACCCAGCACUAAAUUAGCUCCCGUCUUUUAAAUAUUUCGACACCCCAGCGUCUUUGUUUCGAGAUUCCUCCUUUCACGCGCACUCAGUGAACCACGCUCGUCGAAGGCUUGCCUCGCUCCUCAUAGCGACACAGUCGUGCACCUGCACGCAGUGACCGGCGGUCUUCGGCUAGUCACUUUCACAAUACGUUCCUACAGUACCGGAUCUCCAUACCUCGUCUACGAACUCGCCUCUGUUCAAGCGGAAUUUUGCAGCAUCCAACCUUGCCACUGACGAUCACAACCACGUGCUUUACCCGGACGGCAGACUUUGCUUCAAGAACUUUCCGGAGUACUUGCCACCCCCGGAAUCCCAGACCCACCACCACUGCCGACUGUCCCCGGAGGACAUCACGACAGUGCCCGAACGAGUCCAUCCAAACGUUGUUCGAAAACCAUCGACAUGGCACCCAAUCUCUUCAUAGCCACUCAAAAGGCCUUUGCGCCCCACAAGUGGUUCAAGUCAAAUAAGGCAGAGCAGGCAUCGAGGGUCGUUGAAGAGUGGUCCAGCCCAGUACCCGGCCAGUACGAGAGUAUCCCCGGACGAGGCUGGUUCCUGAUCGCAACUCUGAAAGACGAUUCCAAGCCAGAAAGCCACCCCAGUUCAUACAUCAAGUCAUCAACUGGUAGAAUGUACAUCCCCCUGGACCGUCCUGUUCCUCUGAAAUACUCCCAUGCUAUCGGUCGUUAUUUCUUGGAACCCGAGUUCAACAAGCGCAAGAAGACUGUCAUGAUCAAGAACGACAAAGGUAAAGAAGUACAAGCAGGCUUCUUCCGGGUUGACGACGUAGCUUGGGUCAAGUGCUGGGACGAACACGACACAUUCAUUCCUGGGAACGCAAACGGCGCUGCGGGCUAUCAACGUUGGGUCUUCGAUCAGCAAACAGAGCAAUUCCGUCACAUGAUCAAGCGCGACGAUCCCAACUACGUUCGAUCCCGAAAGAACUCUCCCGCUCGCGAUGCCGACAACCGCAGCCAAGAGUCAGUAAGCACCGAGUACCGCACUAGCCGCCCUGGUAGCACCAAGAAUGGCUUCAGCGUUGCUAGCACACGGGCCAAUAGCUUCCGUUAUCAACCGCCGACUCCUACCUCAAACCCGACUAGUCAACGCCCUUCCAGACAGAGCAGUCCCAAGCGCAGCGACAGCAUACCUCUAGAAGAAGCCAAAAUUGCCCUCAGACGUUUGGCUAGGGAACACGAGGAAGCCGCAGCUGCGUUGGCUCGAUCUCGCAUGAAGCGCACAGACUCCAAAGGUCGCGUGGAGCAGAUUGAGCGCGGUCGUGUUUCCGAACGGGUCGGUAACUAAAAGUGUUUGACAUUGGGCGUUCGGCACAGCGACAUGAUGGCGCCCGGCUAUCCUGCGACAUGGAGCUUGGCAAUUAACAUGUGGGGGUACCUACUUCACGGUGCUACGAUUCCCCUUUACAGUCUUGUAAUCUUUCUAGUCAUGAUUUCCUUUUCACGGCC